AAGCGAGUGUUGUUCGAACGAAAUUGAGGUCCUCCUCGGAGUUUUCUUAUAUCCGCAAUGGACACGAUCCUUGAGCGACAGCGAUCCUUCCAUGAGGAGCAGGAGCGAUUAGUCGACGCUCAAGUCAAGGAGAUCCUUCACAAGAAGAACACGCUGCGUGAGCAAAUCAACUCCGACCACAGAGUUCGCGGGCUCCUCGACCGCUACCUUGAUGUGUCGCAGAAACUGAAAGACUUGUACGACGACGCUGACGGCACCCGGCGAGAGGAGAUAAGAACCCUGUCAGGUCCGAACGAGAUGAUCGAGUUCUACAAUCGACUCCGGUCGCUUAAAGACUUCUACAAGAACAACCCAAAUGAAAUUCACGUGCCCAUGUCGGUCGAGUUCACCCAGAUGGACGAGGCGAGGGAAGCCGGAAUCGACGAGAAUGUGGUGGAGUUCACCGAUGAAGAAGGCUACGGGAAAUAUCUCGACCUGCACAGCUGCUACGAGAAGUUUGUGAACCUCAAGGGCAUAGACAGAAUCGACUACAUCACUUAUCUCAACACAUUCGACCGCUUGUUCGAAAUACCGAAGGAGCGCAAGAAUUCCGAGUACAGACGGUACCUGGACAGCCUUCAUAACUACCUGGAGGAUUAUCUCCUCCGGAUCAAACCUCUGACGAAUCUAGAGAAGGCCUCGAUAAAAAUCGAAAGCGAUUUCGACAAGCAAUGGUCACUGGGUCAGUUCCCGGGAUGGCCGAAAGAGAGCGAAGGGGCUCUGGCUCACACCGGCGCUCAUCUAGAUCUGAGCGCUUUUUCCAGCGCUGAAGAGCUCGCUUCGCUCGGUCUGGACCGUUUGAAGAGCGCUCUGGUGGCUUUGGGUCUGAAAUGCGGAGGAACUUUGGAAGAACGCGCGCAGAGGCUCUUCACGACCAAAGGCAAGAGCAUGGAAGAAAUCGAUCCUGCUCUACAAGCGAAAAAGAAGACGAAAGACGGCUCCUCGAUCAAGAAUCGGGAGGUCGCUCUCAUCGAAGCUCAUGUGUACUGGUUGUCGGAGCAGUUGUCCGAGCAGAGAGCAGCGUCCAAAGAGAACGUUCAGAGACGCCAGGCUCGAACCGCGGGUGAACGGCAAGACAGCGACGAUGAGAGCGCUGACGAGGUUUCCGACGACGACGAUCAGGAGGACGUCAUCUACAACCCGAAGAACCUCCCGCUGGGAUGGGACGGGAAACCGAUUCCUUACUGGCUGUACAAACUCCACGGUCUCAACAUAAGCUACACGUGCGAAAUAUGCGGGAACUUCGUCUACAAAGGUCCCAAGGCUUAUCAGAGACAUUUCGCCGAGUGGAGACAUGCGCACGGGAUGCGGUGCUUAGGAAUCCCGAACACGGCGCAUUUUGCAAAUGUCACUAUUAUAGAAGAUGCCAUGAACCUUUGGCAGAAACUUCAAGACGAAAAGUCGAAACAGAGGUUCCAUGCGAAAACCGAGGAGGAAUUCGAAGACAAUGCCGGCAACGUCGUCAACAAGAAAACAUUCGAAGAUCUUAAACGGCAAGGCCUUCUGUAGAAUAAUCUGUACAUAUUCCAUUGCAUACAUGAGAUGCGUUCGGGGCGAUGGUGCUUGGAGAUCCGAAUAAAGCCAUCCUCACGGAU